AUGGAAUCAUUGCAUGUAAUUCAUUACAGGGCGUAUAGAACUACAUUUUUGGCAGCUCGACUGGGUGAGAAGGCCAUGUCUGCGGGCGUCGAGGCGGCUCGGCGUCGGUCUCGUGAAGACAGGACAACAUCCCAACAGGAGGAGCAGCGACCACUCCAUGGGGAAUCAACGGUACAGGGAUUGGAUUAUGAGCUUGACAGUCCCUUGAGACGGAAUUUCAAGGCUUUGCUGGUCCUUGCUGUAUCUGUCUAUGGACUUAAAGAGGCAAAAUUUGUUGAAAAUUUGCUCUGGAACAAGAAAGUGGGAGGCGCGGCUCUCGCUGUCAGCGUCGCGGCAAGUUCCAUUUUUGUCCUCCUGUGGGCUUACCUCGACGUGUACGUGGGGGCUGUGCUGGGUAAGCAGGUAGACUACCCUGAGGCACGGCGGGUCACCCAUGCUCUCCUCGUCUCCCUACUGGUGACCCUCGUCUCUUUGACGAUCGCCGUGUGGCCAAUCUAUCAAGCCACAGCCCUAGUGCUCGUCUGCAUGCUCAGUUACGGUGUCCUCUUUCAGGUGGUGAUCCUCGUGCCCGCCUCCGUGUAUAAUCCUCUUUUCUUUGCACUAUGCUCCUUCACCAUCUCAUCGUUUUCCUCCUCCCACACCUCCCUCAACACCGCCAGCAAUUCUUCCCCGUCCUCCCCUUCCUCCCCCUCUCUUCCUCCGCCUUCCCCACUGUUACCCGCCGCCACCGCCACAUUCCGCAGCAUUCUGGCCCUCCCAAUC